AAAGAUAAGAGCGGAUAAUACUAAGGACGCCAGCAGUCAUACAACGCAACCUGUUGAACUUCUGCUGGUCGCUGUGACAAGCACGGAGUCUUGCCGGGGAAGGGCAAGGGGCGGAGUGGCAAGCAGGCUCUGUUGGCAAGCCUCGUGCCCGGGCUCCUUGGGUGGCUGCGAGGCGGAGAACCAGGACCUUCCCCGAGGAGCCCUCCCCCGGAGUGGGCAGGGCCAAGGAAAACUCUCGGGGAGUUGGGCGAGCUAGCGAGCCGGCGUUGAUGAGGGAAAGAGUGUGGGUGAUUCUCUCCAGUCGCGCCUGCCUUCGCCUCUCGCCUCCCGGCGGCGCGUUAGCAUCUCCCUCCGGGCGCGCCCCCCCCUCCACCUCCCGCGACACAGAGCCGGCGCUUCGCUCUGCCCCUCGGCUUGCCUCAGGUUUCGGGCCACUCUCCGCCCGCCCGCCGCCUCUGCCCCUGCCCUUGCCGCUCUUAGCGGAGCGAUGUCGUCCUCGUCCUCCUCCCCGAAGGCGAGGAGGAAACCGUGGAGCUUGGCGCGCCUCUCGGUGGCGUCCAGCAAAGGGAGCAUGAAGCCCUCCGCCCUGGAGCUCGCCGAGAACGCCCCCAACGCGCAUUACGCGCCUUUCUCCCUCUCCGCGCCCACAGGACCCCAGGCGACCGGCAGCGCGUCCCAGCAGCAGCAGCAGCCGACGCAGCCGCCUCAGGGCGGCGAGGAGGCAACGGUGGCGAUGAGCGGCGACUUCCCGCGCCCCUCCGUCAGCUUGGACCCGCGCGUCUCCAUUUACAGCGUCCGUAAGCCCCUGCUGAGCCGCAGCAACAUCCAAGGCAGGGUCUACAACUUCUUGGAGAGACCCACGGGCUGGAAGUGCUUCGUCUACCACUUCACUGUUUUCCUCAUAGUGCUGAUCUGCCUUAUAUUCAGUGUGCUUUCUACGAUUGAGCAAUAUCAAGCUCUGGCUACGGGGACGUUGUUUUGGAUGGAAAUUGUAUUAGUCGUGUUUUUUGGAACAGAAUAUGUGGUUCGAUUAUGGUCUUCAGGAUGCCGAAGUAAAUAUGUUGGUUUCUGGGGAAGGCUUCGUUUUGCUAGAAAGCCCAUUUCCAUUAUUGAUCUAAUUGUAGUUGUUGCUUCAAUGGUAGUGCUUUGUGUGGGUUCUAAAGGUCAAGUUUUUGCAACCUCAGCUAUCAGGGGCAUCAGGUUCUUGCAGAUUUUGCGCAUGCUUCACGUAGACCGUCAGGGUGGCACCUGGAGACUUCUGGGAUCAGUUGUUUUCAUACACAGACAGGAGUUGAUAACCACCCUAUACAUUGGGUUCCUUGGCCUGAUUUUUUCAUCUUAUUUUGUAUAUUUGGCUGAAAAAGAUGCUGUGGAUGAUUCAGGCAAACAUGAAUUUAGCAGCUAUGCAGAUGCCCUUUGGUGGGGAGUUGUGACAGUUACAACUAUUGGUUAUGGAGACAAGGUGCCUCAGACAUGGAUAGGAAAAACCAUUGCAUCUUGUUUUUCUGUGUUUGCAAUUUCGUUUUUUGCCUUGCCUGCGGGAAUUCUUGGUUCUGGAUUUGCUCUGAAGGUACAACAGAAACAAAGGCAGAAGCACUUCAAUCGACAAAUUCCAGCAGCUGCUUCUCUCAUUCAGACUGCCUGGCGGUGCUAUGCAUCGGAGAAUCCAGAUUCUUCUACGUGGAAAAUAUACAUUAAAAAGCCUUCCAGAAAUUAUCAUUUAAUGUCUCCUAGUCCAAAGCCAAAGAAAAUUGGGAUAGUGUCGGUGAAAAAGAAGAAAUUUAAGACCGAAAAAGAUAACGGAUCUACUUCUCCUGAUAAAAUGUUACCUGUUCCACAAAUCACAUUUGAACAUGUGUUGGAUGAUAGGCGAUCUGACAACUUUCAGUUGGAUUCAUAUGAAAAUUCUGGACAAAAAGGAAUGUUUAAAUGUUUUGUUCGGCAGCAUUCCUGGUCAUCCUUUUCCACAGAGCAACCAUCUUCCAGUUCCCCCACUUCUCCAGUGAAAAAAACAUCUCCAUUUUUAGAUACGAUCACAGGACCAAUCAUUAGGACUAACAGCUUUGCUGAUGAACUUGACUUGGAGGGUGAAACUUUGCUGACCCCAAUCACACACAUCUCUCACCUGCGAGAACAUCACCGUUCUGCCAUUAAGGUGAUACGCCGGAUGCAGUAUUUUGUGGCAAAGAAGAAAUUUCAGCAAGCUAGGAAGCCAUAUGAUGUACGUGAUGUCAUAGAACAGUAUUCUCAGGGUCAUCUCAACUUAAUGGUGCGAAUAAAAGAACUUCAAAGAAGGCUGGACCAAUCUAUAGGGAAGCCAUCACUGUUUAUUUCUGUCUCAGAAAAAAACAAAGACCGAGGAACUAAUACAAUUGGUGCCCGUCUGAACAGAGUUGAAGACAAGGUCGUUCAGAUGGAUCAGAAGCUGAACCGCAUCACCGACCUUCUGCAUCAAGUGGUUUCUGUCCAGCAGGGAAACCAAGGCAGCAACAAAUCAUCUCACAGGAAUGAUGUUAACUCUGAGCUUUUUCAUGCUAGUAACACUCUGCCUACGUAUGAGCAGCUGACAGUUCCAAGGGGAAACCACAAUGAUGUUUCCUGAUGCAUCGGCAGGGAAUCUGGUUUCCUUUCUUUCAACUGACACUGAAUGUCGUGAAGCUUGAUGAGGUUUGGGGACAAAUUGAAGCUCAUAAUCAGCCAUACAAGAAUUAUAUGUAUAUAUUAAACCAAUAUUACUAAC